AAAAAUAAAUUCCAAGGGCUGAAAAAUUCACACCACCCCAAGUUGCAUAUAUUAUCCUAAGCCUUUCUCACAAUAUAACUGUUUAUCAUACAUUACUUCUCCCCUUAGCAGCUUUCCUCCACCAUUAUCUAACUCAACAACAAAAGCUUAAGCUCAAACUCAAUCAGCCCAAGGAGAACAUAAUGUCAUCAUUGCCCUUCGUGUUCGGUGCAGCGGCCAGUUCGAGAGUAGUCACAGCGGCAGCAGCCAAAGGCACGGCAGAAACCAAGCAAGAAAAGAGCUUUGUAGACUGGCUUCUUGGCAAAAUAACAAAGGAAGAUCAAUUCUAUGAAACUGACCCGAUUCUUCGGGGUGGUGAUGUCAAGUCGAGCGGCUCCACCAGUGGAAAGAAGGGCGGCACCACCAGUGGAAAGAAAGGCACAGUUUCAAUUCCGAGCAAGAAGAAGAACGGUAAUGGAGGUGUCUUUGGAGGUCUCUUUGCCAAGAAGGACUAGUUGAUCAUACACCACACUCGUGUAGAUGAUGAUUUAUCUCAGUUUCCUGCAGUGUCUUUUUAGUCUCUCUCUCUCUAUAUAUAAAUAUCAUUGGAUGAUUUAAUUUCUGUUCAUGUUUCAAAACCACUGUUAUUAUUCAACAAUCUUCAUUUACUACUCUUGGAUGAUUUUAUUGGUAUAUAUGUUUUUAUUGGUAUAUUAAAUCUUCAUUUACUA